ACGUCCAACUUACAAAAGUAGUUCUCUUCGAUGACCAGGACUGUGUCCAAAGAAGGAAAAAUGGGGUCCUUUCGUGCAUAAACGUGAUUCCCUCACAUCGGUUCGAGCGAAGCACCCGAGGCAGACGCGAGACCCACCCACAUCCGCAGUUCUUGGAAACAGUUUGGAACAUAACGAAUCAAGAGGUCCCUUUUGAGCGUUCUUGCUGGUUGGUCAGCUCUGUUGAUCUUUUCUCCGCUCUUCCCUCUGCCCUUUUGAUGGGUGAAGAAGAGGGCAUGUCAAGUGAUUGCCAGAAGCCUGCGAAGACCAGCCCGAAAUUGACUCUGCUUCCCCUAAUUGCUCUUAUCUUCUACGAGGUUUCUGGGGGUCCAUUCGGGGUUGAGGACUCGGUGAAAUCUGGGGGUGGCCCUCUUUUGUCUCUGCUCGGUUUCUUGAUUUUCCCGCUGUUUUGGAGCAUCCCUGAAGCCCUGGUCACUGCCGAGCUCGCCACAAGCUUCCCCGAAAAUGGUGGCUAUGUGCUGUGGAUCUCAUCGGCUUUCGGGCCCUUCUGGGGCUUCCAAGAGGGGUUCUGGAAAUGGUUCAGCGGGGUCAUGGACAAUGCGCUUUACCCCGUGUUGUUCCUCGAUUACUUGAAGCAUUCGUUCCCAAUUUUCAAUCGGUUGAUCGCCCGAGUCCCCACUCUUCUGGGGAUUACGGCCUCAUUGACAUAUUUGAAUUACCGAGGCCUACAUAUAGUUGGGUUUUCCGCGGUUUCUCUUGCGGCUUUUUCACUUUUGCCAUUUGCUGUCAUGGGUAUCCUGUCGAUUCCUCGAAUACAGCCUGCGAAAUGGGUAGCAGUGGAUUUUAGGAAGGUAGAUUGGAGGGGGUACUUCAAUAGUAUGUUUUGGAACUUGAAUUAUUGGGAUAAGGCGAGCACAUUGGCUGGUGAGGUCGAAAACCCGAGCAAGACAUUUCCGAAAGCGCUUUUCGGGGCAGUAGUUUUGGUGGUUGGUUCGUAUUUGAUUCCGCUUUUGGCUGGCACGGGUGCGGUGAAUACUCCGGCGAGCGAUUGGAGUGAUGGUUAUUUUGCCGAAGUGGGCUUCUUGAUUGGGGGUGCUUGGCUCAGGUGGUGGAUACAAGCGGCUGCUGCGAUGUCCAAUAUGGGGUUAUUUGAAGCAGAAAUGAGCAGUGAUGCUUUUCAACUACUUGGAAUGAGUGAGAUGGGCAUGCUUCCGACCAUAUUCGCUCAAAGGUCAAAGUAUGGGACACCAACCAUUAGCAUCCUAUGCUCGGCUACUGGAGUCGUGUUCUUGUCAUGGAUGACUUUCCAAGAAAUCCUGGAAUUCCUGAAUUUCCUCUACUCCAUCGGCAUGAUCCUCGAAUUUGCUGCUUUCAUAAGAUUAAGGAUAAAGAAGCCGGACCUUCAUCGACCAUACAGGGUACCGUUGCAGACAUUUGGGGCGACAAUGCUCUGUGUGCCUCCAACCCUACUGCUUGUGCUCGUCAUGUGCCUGGCUUCUGCAAAGACAUUAUUAGUGAGUGGAACGGUAAUUUUGGUGGGUCUGUUAUUAUACCCUUUGGUGAUUCAUGCGAAAGAUAAGAAAUGGGUCAGAUUCGAAGCACAAGAAGGAUUGCCCUCAGAUGAUAAUCAAGUUGGUCAUUUUGUCGAGUCAAAAUUACCACAGGAAGACACAGAUGAUGCAACAGUUACCCUGCUUUCGGAAUCGGCAUCAUCCAAGACACAGCAGGACCCUUCUUCGGUUGUGGUGGAAGAAGUCCUCAAGUUAGAGUAGGAGGUAAUUCUCCAUUUAUUUUCUUCUGCUUACAUAGUCAGAUCAUUAAAUUAGGAAAAUAAAUUGAAAAAGAAAUAGUGGUGACUGAUCCAAAAGGCCGAUAUUAUUCUCGAGGCGUGCCGCUUCUUGUAAAUUUUAUGCCGCGUGCCAGAACUUGCAAAACAAAACUGGUUAUAUCGAUGGAAAUAGGAGUUCAGGAGA